UCCGGUAGCUAUGUCCACGUUCCGCCCAACUGGCUGUGUUACGUGGCCCCAGAGACCAUCAGAGCCCUGAAUAUUUGUUGUGUUGACUCUGAGGCUGCUUCCGACUUGCCCUUCACUCCCGAAACGGACGUUUUUGCAUUCGGGACCGUUUGGUAUGAACUGCUGACUUCCGAAUACCCUUUUAAAGGCCUGCCCACGGAAACACUCCUCUACCUCGUCGGAAACGGCGUCAAGCCUGGCCUCGCAAUGCGCUGCCCGAAAGACUUCAAAGAAAUAUUGGUCCAGUGCUGGUCCUUCCAUCCACAUCGCAGGCCGGAGUUCACAAACAUUGUUCGCCUGCUUGACAGUCUGCCCAAACUUCACCGCAGUCCGUCCUACCCGACCAAGCGGUCAUCUCUUGUCACCACCAUCUCGCAUGACCCCUUGCUAGUCUGA